GCAGUGUUAAAGUUGUAGUCCAUUAAGUAGUCUAUCGCCGACGGAAUGAUAGGUUAGAUUGGACAGAGUAAAAUACAUUUCCCAUAAGACUACGGGAACUUAGACCAGCGUAUCCAUGACAGCCGUGUACUGUUGUUGCGCCAGUAAAGGGGGGAGCCCCGUCAAUACAGCGGUCACCACCAGCUCAUAUGCACCAGCUUUGGUACACAUUCGUGAGUAAGUGCAAAAUGUGAACCCUCAGAAUCUUCAAGAGAUCUUUACCAGGCGCCAGUCAACCGGUAAAGAAAAAGGUCGCGUGCCCACUACUUUAUGGUUUUUUUUUGUACUCGAAUUUGUGGCUGAGUAUAUUGUAGUAGCCCCCGACGUACAUUGGCUAGCAAAGAACACCAAUCAAGAACCGAACUGCUGAUGUUCUGCACCGACUGCUGAGAUACGCAUCGACCAGGUCUGACAUGUAUGAGCCAAGUUUCACCUGUCCUCCACGGGUCCACACUGUGGUCACGGAAUUAAAAGAUCCUGGCUUCUGAAUAUACAUGAGACACCUGGGAGGAUGAUUUCGCGAUACAGUAGAAGACCAGUAUCGCAUAAACUUGAGAUACGUGGUUUGUCUCGGAGCAGCCUUGACCACCACCCUCUUCCUGAGGAGGCAGAUGAUGACCAUUCUACCCCACGCUACCUCCAGGACCUCCAGGAAGGGGGUUCUACUCACAACAGCUCCGAGACAUCUGCUACAUCAGUGCACUCAGACUGUUCGACUAUUAUCACGGUGGAUUUUAAUCAGUCCUGGUCUGGUCUUCAGAGUUCAACAGGAACUGGCAUCUCCACUGAGAGGAGCUCUGUUUUCUCCUGGGGCUAUGAUGAAUUUGACAAGGCUGCAUCACGGCAGGUGCAGCAAAUGUUUGAGGAGAUCGACAAAGAGCUUUAUGAGGGUAGAGGCAGCGGGGGAGGGAUUCUGCCAGGUCUGCAGGAUGAAUGUCAACAAUGGGCUUCACGAUUCCCACAUCUUCGAAUCAUUGGCACUCAGUUGGUGUGUCCCACUGAUGAAGGCUUCCAGUGGUAUUCUACUUCAGGAAAAAGCAGUUCAUCUAGCAGCCUGUCAGCAGUCAAAGAGCGCAGUGUCAAAUCCCCACAGAGUGACCACAGCAACACAGAGCUGAAUGUUCAAGGUAAAAAGGCAGUGCUGCGAAAACCCUCCUCAUCAGAACUGGAGGAACUUCCAACGGCCUCUAGUGGAUCCAGUAAUCAUGACAAAUCCAAAGUGAUAGAAGUGGAGGGUGUCAUGGAGGAAUACCUGGCAUUUGAUAGUCAGGAGGUGGAUGGUGAAAGAGAGCCUGAUAGUUCAGAUUCUGGGCGCAGGUAUCACUGCCUCCCACCUGUCUCCCCAUACCGCUGUCGGCGUCAGGCUGUUCUGGACCUGCUGUUUGAUGAUGUGUGGCGGCAGCUGGUUGGGUGGACAAAAGAGCUUGUUCAGCGACACUGGGAAGGAUGUACUUUGUUAGACGAAGAGAAGCUUUGUGGAAACUUAAGCCCUGUUCCUCAAAAAUCAAACCAUCCGUUCAUGCUGCUCUCUACACUGCCUACCACACUUCCCAAAUUAGGUCUGGGCAGGGUGCCUCCACUUGCAGGCUUACCAAUACAGAACUCUAAGUCAAGGGGCUCAAAGCACAAGUCCAGACGGAAAACCAAAAAGCAGAAAAGGCCUUCCAGUACUGCAAGAGCCCCUGUUGGAGCAGCAGCGCAGCACAACCUGAAUGACCUCAUUGUCAUCCAAAGCAUACCUCUUCAGCAGCGAAAUCUGACUGCACUGGAUCGAAGCCAAGACCCAGAUGAGAGGCUGUACCCAAGGCCAGGGUCCAGUGUUGUUCCCUCAAACAAAACUCGUCCUCGGCGGAUGCUGGAGCAGAGCUCCUCUUCAUUAUCUCGCCCAGCACAGUCAGCCCGGCGCAGAAACCCUCCUCCCCGCACGCUCCUGCCCCUGGUCCCUUCUCUAAGUCAGUCUACUGCAGGCUCUAUGGAUGAGAUCAUCCGUGGGACACGCUUGCCCACAGCAAACACAUCUCCACUGCUACCUCUGAGCAGAAACACCCUUCUUCCUCCCAUUGGUACCGGAGAUCAAGAGACAUCCCAUGCACUGCAAAACUCUAAACCUGCACAGCGUCAGAAAGGACCCUCCAGCCGUGCUCACAGUGCUGUAAAUGAAGAUGUUGGCAGCUCCAUACCCAGAGAUCGUCACCACCUCCUUGAUGCCUUCUCUCGCCCUAACACCACCCACACAUACAGGUCAGACACUCCUUAUCGCCGCUCCUUUACUAUAUUAGAUAACAUCAGUCAGGGGAGGCAAGGAAGGGCCUCUGUGGCAGCAGAUGCUCUAGGUAUUGGUGUGACUGGUGUUAGUCUUGGCAUCAGCAGCUCUUCUUUUUUGGACUCAUUUUCCCACCAUCCACUGGGCCACUCGCCAAUCAAAGAUGAAGAUGAACCAGAUUCACAUGGUGCGGUCUCAGCUCCACUGAUGCCUCUGUCCAUUCCACGACCAUAUACGCGAGGAGGGAUUUCAUCCAGAGCUGGAAGACCUGGUUUAUAACUCCUAUACUACCUGAACAUCAGCCAUUUACAACAUGCAGCAGUGCUACUACAUCAAUAGUGCCCUCUAAGCAUUUACUUUGUGAAACUAGCUGAUGUUUUCAAUCUAUGCUGAAAAUCACAUACAUUUAGAGCCAUAAAAAUGUUAAACAGGAAACAACAGCUGCCAAAAACCUUCAAAAAAGCUAAUUCAAUUACAAUAUGAGCUUCUAUGAGAUCAAUUGCGACAUGUUUAAAAUGUAAAUGUAAUGUGUAUAUAUGUCAGUAUAUAAACUAUUGUUUAGUUGAUUGUACAGUUUUAAUAACUAUGCAGGGAAUGACACAUCCACUUACAGGGAUAGAGAAGCACUUUUUAAAGCUCAGUUUAGUACUGUAAUUUUAUACACAUUUUACAAAACGACUGCUUUCUUUUGCACAAAUGGACAAGAUAAUAUGCGAUGCCACACCUGUGAUGCUGUUUCUGGUUGCCUUUUCUUACAUUUUUUUUUCUCAACAUCAGGGUCUAAUGUUAAAAAAAAAAACACUGAAAAGUCACAAUCAUUAAAAGUGAUUUAAUAUGGAGUGGAUGGUAUUUGUGUGUUUUGAACCAGGACAGUAUUGCUGGGCUUGUGACAAAGAUACAAAACUACAUUUUGUUUUGUUUUAAAUAAAAGCCACCUUGAACUGAAAUAA